CAGGCGCGGCUCGCAGGCGUGGAGCGUCCGAGGCUGCCCAGCUGCAGGCGCUCAGAAGCGCUGGGGUCUGCGGCCUGCGCUAGACCGACCCCUGCCACACCCCGAGGCCGCACAGCGAGCCCAGUCUCCUGGCGCCCCGGGCUGUGUGGCCAUGGAGAACCAGGUGCUGACACCACACGUCUACUGGGCUCAACGACACCGCGAGCUGUAUCUACGCGUGGAGCUGAGUGACGUGCAGAAUCCUGCCAUCAGCAUCACCGAAAAUGUGCUGCAUUUCAAAGCUCAGGGACAUGGUGCCAAAGGAGAUAAUGUCUAUGAAUUUCACCUGGAGUUCUUAGACCCUGUGAAACCAGAGCCUGUCCACAAACUGACCCAGAGACAGGUAAAUAUAACGGUACAGAAGAAGGCGAGCCAGUGGUGGGAGAGGCUCACCAAGCAGGAGAAGCGCCCACUGUUUUUGGCCCCUGACUUUGAUCGCUGGUUGGAUGAGUCUGAUGCGGAAAUGGAGCUCAGAGCCAAGGAAGAAGAACGCCUAAAUAAACUCAGAAUGGAAAGAGAAGGCUCCCCUGAAACUUUUGCAAGCAUGAAGAAAGGAUACCUGUUCAUGUAUAAUCUUGUCCAGUUCUUGGGAUUCUCCUGGAUCUUUGUCAACCUGACUGUGCGAUUCUUUAUCUUGGGAAAAGAGUCCUUCUAUGACACAUUUCACACCGUGGCUGACAUGAUGUAUUUCUGCCAGAUGCUGGCAGCUGUGGAAACUAUCAAUGCAGCAAUCGGAGUCACUAAGUCACCAGUGAUGCCUUCUCUUAUUCAGCUUCUUGGAAGAAAUUUCAUUUUGUUUAUUAUCUUUGGCACACUGGAAGAAAUGCAAAACACAGCUGUCGUUUUCUUUGUGUUUUACCUGUGGAGUACAAUUGAAGUUUUCAGGUACCCCUUCUACAUGCUUGCCUGCAUUGACAUGGACUGGAAGGUGCUCACAUGGCUUCGUUACUCUGUGUGGAUACCCCUGUAUCCUCUCGGCUGUUUGGCAGAAGCUGUCUCAGUGAUCCAGUCCAUUCCAGUAUUCAAUGAAACAGGGCGAUUCAGUUUCACAUUGCCAUAUCCAGUGAAAAUCAAAGUUAGAUUUUCCUUUUUUCUUCAGAUUUAUCUUAUCAUGUUAUUUUUAGGGCUGUACAUAAAUUUCCGUCACCUCUAUAAACAGCGUCGGCGGCGCUAUGGACAUAAGAAGAAAAAGACCCACUAAGAAGAGAUGUGGAUGGCUUAUCACUUUGAGGCCUAUCUAUGAGUCUUACAAUUUUACCUUCUUGUACUGAAGUAAAAGGAUUUUUUUUUAAAGUUAAGUGAUUACAUUCACAUUGAGGCUCUC